AAGAGCCGCGUAGUGUUGUAUUGAUGAUAAUGGACACUUGGAACGCAACUUGUGUCGCCGUGUGCACAAAAGUGUCUAGGGAUAUUACAAUUGGAAAGCACCCAUAGAUAUUCUAUUUUAGUGUAGACGAACCUGUAUCCCUUUUAUCAUGUAGCGCCCCUAUAUUCAAAAAGUGUGCAUAUUGAACUAUGUAGCCAUGGAUAUUUCCAACAAUUUCAACUGUUGGUUUCAGCAUAAAUUGCGAUUGACGGAGAUCACCUAUCAAAGAUAGUAAAGACAAAGAAUGUCAUUGUAAAAAUAUUGAAAAUCCUGAAUUUGAACUGCGACCAUUUCACAAAUUUACUGAAUUCAAUCCGGAUUCUAUUUUGAAGUCGUUGAUCACAAUCGUUGUUUUUUAAUACAUUUCGGUUCGAAUUCAUUAUCAGUUUGAAAUAAUGGAAGGUUCUGUGGAAACAGUCUAUUGUCCUCAAAUUUCUUUUUUGGUAAUGUUGAGCAACGAUUGAACUACAAAUACGUCGAGAAAACAUGUUCAGAUGUUACGGACUACUAUCGGGUGGAUGACAGGUACCUCAAGGAUGGAUUCCAGUAAGAGAUCAGGAGCAGUUAGUAGUACUGUUGCACAGUCUGAGAGUUCAGACUCUAUAGAGGUAGACAAUUCUCGUACAGUCCUGCUAAAGAUAGCAACACUGUAUGCAGAACGUCUUAUGAAUGAUAUUUGUCUUGUUGUGGAUGGUGUAGAAUAUCCAGCACAUCGACUAAUACUCUGUGCUUCUAGUGAUGUUUUCCAAGUAAUGCUAAUGAGUCCACAAUGGAGCGAGUCUCAGGAAAGCAGGGUAACUCUCCAAGAAACGCCACAGUGUGCACCAAUAUUCAGUGAAUUUUUGCGUUAUUUUUACACUGGUCAGAUAAGAAUAAAUCAUAGUGUUGUUUUACCCAUAUUGUCCCUAGCCGAUAAGUACAACGUCAAAGAUUUGAUAUCGUUGUGCCUUGACUAUAUGCGGAAUCAUGUUGCAUUGGCUGCUAUACAUGGCACAUUGGUAUCAUGGCUGCAAUAUACGUUGAAUUGUGGGCAUCAUGAUAUUAGUCAAGCGUGCCAAAAUUUCAUCAAGUGGAAUUUGGAGCUUGUGGCCAAGACUGCAGACUUCGGAAAUUUUGAUCUGGAUAUUCUAGUGUCCUUGUUGCAUCAAAGUAGUUUAGUUGUGAAAGAUGAAAUGACACUUUACAAGUGCCUAGAACAUUGGCUGAAUUAUCAAGCAAGUCGUUUGAGAGCACAGCUAUUGCCAGAAGAAGUGGAAGCAACAUUGUAUCAAUUGGUGAUAGCUGUGAUGUCGCCUGUUAGAUUUCCAAUGAUGUCACCGCGACAAUUGGCAGAUUUGCUAAUGUCACCAUUAACAAAAAAGUAUAAGGAGUUCUUUGUGGAACGUAUGUCUAUUGGGAUGUCUUUUCAUUCGGGACAAAUCAACAGAGUAAAAGAAGUCAGCAUGAGUGAAAAGGAUGGCGCAUUAUUGUUUGAGCCGAGAUUGUAUACUGUUGACACCUGUAGCUCAUUACUGACCAUAGAGAACUUUCACAGUUUGCCAUCUUAUCAUAUGAGGACACUUGUAUUUUCUAGUCACUCUAGUUUAGCGGAAUAUGCAGGCGAUAGAGUAUGCGAGUGGGUAGUAGAUAUCUAUCCUAAGGGUGUGUGGUUCAAGAAAUUUUUCCUUAUAGUAUGGCAGGGUACAGUGGAGAUGCCCGAACAUGUCAAGCGAUCAGUGAGAUUGUCGUUGACUUGUAAGGAGCCAUUAAAUAGUAACAUGCGUGUGAAAAUCGGAGUUUUAAUUUAUGGCUUACAAGAUGGUGUUGAGCACAUUGCAAGAGUUACCGAGAUUAUUCAUAGAUUCAGUAAGAAAGAUCGUGUCCUGAAUUUAGAUGAUCUUUUGCCGUUUGAAGAACUCAAUCCACAACAGGGCUCAGUAUCGGAAAAUGUUGUAUCUCCCUUUUUAGUGGGUCCUAAUAAAGACAUGCUCAAAUUACAUAUUGUUAUAUCGCCAGCGAAUUAACGUUUACAAAGAAAAUCUGCGAUACGAAAGUGUCACAGAAUGUCGAAAAAUAAAAGUUAAAAAUGUUUAUAUU